AAAUUGCGUUGUUGCAGAGUCACUCCGUGUGGUUCGAGUGUAAACAAGAGACUGGCUAAAGAAAACUCUGGAACUGGUUAAUCCAUUGUAACUGAACAGUUCCAUUGUAAUUGUUGUCGUCUGUAUAAGCCUGUGUAAUUAGUUGCGUUUAUGUAACUGUCUAUCUGCUGAGAAAGUAUGUUUUAGACUGCAUUUCUCGUAAAAAAUAAUCGUUGAGGCGACGCGGUUAGCUAGUUGGCUAAAGCUAGUUAGUUUGCUAGCUAGCUAGCUGCUUAGUUGUCCGCAUUGAAGGCCUCAGCUGGCGCUGUGCAGAGGCUAAAACGCCCCUGCAUGCAUAGGCCUAGUGUAGCCUGGACGACGGGCUAGAGCCCUGAGCCCUCAGAGGCUGUUGAGCCACAUCUAUGGCCACGAUGGCAUCCGGAGGCAAAGAAUGCGAGGACGAGAUACUGCAGACGGCUUUCAAGAAGCUUCGAGUGGAUGCUGAGAGUGCUGCGUCUGCAGUUCCUGUGUGUGAGGCCGUGUCUUCAAGGAUGUCUCCUCGUGCCAACUCAGAGGGAGCAAAGUCCAAAAUUACCUGUCCAAAGGAAAACUGGCAUGGGUGUAUGCGGAAGUCUACCAGAGGAGUGGUAAGAAGCCAGAGGAGGCGACGCUCCAAAUCUCCCAUCCUCCACCCUCCCAAGUUCUCCUAUUGCAGCUCGAAAAUGUCCUCACCUCCUGGCCACUUAAAGCAUAAAACCCUACCUGAGCCUGAAGACACCUGCGCCUCCCUUGGAAUCCCUGCCAAGAAGGAGCUCCUGUCCUCCAGUCACGGCUCACCUGUGUUUGGAGCCACGGGGUAUGACCUUCGUGUCACAGUGUCCCAAGAAAGCCUUGGCUCUCCGCAGCCCAGUCACAGGAAUCAGUCCGACGAGGACAGUGGCUCUGAGGCGGUCCCCUGUCCGCUUGGGGGCCCGAGUUCUCCAGAAGAACAGCAGGCGAAUGCAGCAGAGUCAGGUGCAGUCGCAGGAGCUGCCGCCUCAGACUUUCAGUCUCUGUCCCGGCUUCACGAAAUCGGAGCGUGUCCCUGUGGGCAGGGCGAGUGUCAGUGCCCAAGCUGGCAGGGCGUGGAGGUGUACUCCUUCACCGGCCUAAGGAAUGUCAUCUCUGAGUGCGAGAGGAGCCUCCCGAACCCAGGGGAUGCCAGUGGUCAUAACGCAGCCCACCGCAGAACUCAGAACACUGGAACUUCAGGCUCUCCGCGUUCCUGCUCUGAACAGGCCCGGGCGUACGUCGAUGACAUCAACAUAGAGGACCUCUCUGGCUAUAUGGAAUAUUACCUUUACAUCCCCAAGAAAAUGUCGCACAUGGCUGAAAUGAUGUACACUUAAGAUUUUAGAUUGAUUGCCGUCUACGUUGAAUGGUUAUCAGUUAUAAUAUAGAUAAAUUAUAACUAUUCAGAGCUUAACUCUUCACCUGAUGAGUUUUCUCCACCUCCUAAGUUUUCUGCAUUAGAGCUAACAAAUAUAUUUCCAUCAGUUUUGUUUUGUCCUGGUAUUUUUAUGACUUUUCAUAUUUCAUAUUUACGUACAAAUGUUGCCAAAGCUCUAUUGCUGAUAUUGCAGGUUUGACUCAUUGCUAUAUUCAAACUUGCAAUGCCAACUAUGAUCAUGUUUUCCAUAAAAAGAGGUUGUCCGUUGUGCUUUUUUGAGUUUUCAUUUGUCUCAAUAAAGAGUUUGUUUAAGGAA